UGAGAAGAGAAAAGGAUAGGAAAGAAGAGAGGAUAGAUAGGCCUGAGAAGAAGAGACAGAGAGAGAGGUCUCUCAAAAAUGGCCACUGCUGCUGUUUCAACUCUGUGCGCUACAUUCGGAACCCAUUGCACCAUUUCUCACAACCCUAAACCUCUAUUUUCUCAAUCUUUCAAUCUCAAUCGUUUUCCUUCUCACUCUUACAAUUUCACAUGCUCGCCUCGCUCACCUCUCGCACCCGUUCCCAAGUCCUCAGAAUCUGCGGUUGCCCAAACCGAAACGGAAACCGGUUCGACCGAGCCAGAACCGACCCAGAUUGUCUCGGCUAAGGCACCCUCAUGGGAGCCCGGUCUCUUCGCAGUCGUAAUGAUUGGUUCACGCCAAUAUAUUGUUCACCCCGGGCGAAAGCUUGUUGUUCAGAGGUUGUCAGGUGCAAAUGUUAAUGAUAAGAUUGCUUUGCACAAAGUUUUACUGGUUGGCACUGAUACAUCUUGCUACAUUGGGAAACCAAUAGUUACAAAUGCUGUGGUAUAUGCAACGGUUGAAGAGCAGGGUUUAGACCCCAAAGUAAUUGUCUUCAAAUAUAAAAAGAAGAAGCACUAUCGCAGAAACAUUGGACACAGACAGCCACACACACGUAUACGGAUAAAUAGCAUUAUGGGCUAUGAGAACUACCCAAAAGUUACUAUGGACGAUAUCAAAUCGAAGGAUUCCGAAUCAUGAACAUCUUGUGAACUGUCCCUAUACUGUAGCUUCUUCAUCUCCAAUUUUAUGCAAUCAUGCCGUCUUUAUUAGUGUUGCUUUAAAAUUACAAAUGUAAUUGCAUAUUGUAAUUUUGUAUUAUUGUAAUCUCCCGUUUCCAAAUACAUUGCUAUUUCUCUAGCUCCAAGUUACACGUUCCAAUUUUAGCUCAUAAUGUGCUUUUGUUUGCUUGGAAUUGUAGUCAGUUUUCUUCUUGCCUUCCAUAGAAGAAUGGCUGGAAGAAAUUUAAUUUUAAGAUUAUAAGUAAUUGGCUUA